AAGGGUUUAUUCAGUCAACGGUCAAAAACCCAGUUUGGAAAGUCUCUCUUCAACUUCAAUUCCAAAACCCAGCUUAUCGUUCUGGGCCCUCUCUAACCAAUUGAUUUGCCGAAAGGAUUAUCUUUCAUUUUUUUUCCCGGUGAAACCAGAUGAAAGCUGUAGCUGGGUACUUAUGGCUCCUGGUGUUAAUCUCGCUUUGUUUCAGCGUCAAAUCCAAGUGUCCCAAAACUUGUGACUUAGCUUUAGCUUCCUUCUACGUUUGGCCGGGAUCGACUCUCACCUUGGUAGCUGACCUUUUCGAUUCGUCUGCUGAAACCAUCGUUGAUUAUAAUAGUGGCCGAAUACCCAACAAGGACAGCGUCCGAUCUGACAUCAGAAUCAACAUCCCCUUUGCGUGCGACCGCUGUGUAGCCGACCAGUAUCUCGCCCAUGAAUUCGGCUACAAAGUUAUCGGCGGCGACACAUACGAGAGGGUUGUUUCGAACUACUCCAGCUUAACGACGGUCCAGUCGUUGAUCGAGUCUAAUCCCUUAUAUGACCCUAACAACAUACCGGAUACCGGCAAUUUGAACGUAUCGGUGAAUUGUUCGUGCGGAAAUAGCCAGAUUUCUAAAGAGUUUGGGCUGUUUAUCACGUACCCUCUUCGACCGAAUGACACUUUAGACUCGAUUGCGACGAGCAAUAAUAUUUCUGCUGAUUGGAUAAGGAGGUAUAACCCGGAUGUUCUGAAUUUUAGCCAAGGGAGUGGCAUCAUUUUUUUCCCUGGAAAAGAUCCAAAGGGUAGCUUUCGGCCUCUGACUUCUAGCUCAGCAGGACUGAAAGGUGGAGUUAUUGCUAUCAUAGUCGUGGCAGCUGUCGUGGGGGUGCUAUUGUUAGCCGCAGGCAUAUAUUACAAAUUUUACCGAAAGGUGGAUGGAAAAUUAAUUUCUUCAGAGUUUGAAGAUCAGUCUAGUCAUCAUUUGUAUGGCCCUGAAAGUAGUUCAGACAAAGCUGCAGUUACUCCUCGCAAAGCUGGUGGCCUUGCAGGCAUAACUGUUGACAAAUCAGUGGAGUUCUCGUAUGAAGAACUUGCUAAGGCUAGUGAUAACUUCAGCUUGGCCAAUAAGAUUGGGCAAGGCGGUUUUGGCGCUGUUUACUAUGCUGAGCUGAGAGGCGAGAAAGCUGCAAUAAAAAAGAUGGAUAUGGAAGCAUCAAAGGAAUUUUUGGCUGAAUUGAAGGUUUUAACACGUGUCCAUCACUUAAACUUGGUGCGCUUGAUUGGAUAUUGUGUGGAGGGCUCUCUUUUCCUGGUUUAUGAAUUCAUUGAGAAUGGAAACUUAAGCCAGCAUUUGCGUGGUUCAGAGAGAGAACCUAUGCCCUGGUCUACUCGAGUGCAGAUAGCCCUGGAUUCAGCAAGAGGUCUUGAAUACAUUCAUGAGCAUACUGUUCCUGUUUAUAUUCAUCGUGAUAUAAAAUCAGCCAAUAUAUUAAUAGACAAAAACUUCCAUGCAAAGGUUGCAGAUUUUGGACUAACUAAGCUUACUGAAGUUGGUGGUUCAUCUCUUCCCACACGUCUUGUGGGAACUUUCGGAUAUAUGCCACCAGAAUAUGCUCAAUAUGGCGAUGUAUCUCCCAAGGUAGAUGUAUAUGCUUUUGGGGUUGUCAUUUAUGAACUAAUUUCUGCGAAGGAAGCAAUCGUGAAGCCAGAUGGUUCAGGUUCUGAAUCAAAGGGUCUCGUUGGUUUGUUUGAGGAUGUUCUUAAUCAGCCUGAUUUUAAAGAUCUCCGCAAGCUAAUUGACCCUAGGCUUGGAGAGAAUUACCCAGUGGACUCCGUACGAAAGAUGGCACAGCUUGCUAAAGCAUGUACUCAUGAGAACCCACAACUGCGCCCAAGUAUGAGAUCCAUUGUGGUUGCGUUAAUGACACUUUCAUCAAACACUGAAGAUUGGGACGUUGGCUCCUUCUAUGAAAAUCAAGGUCUUGUCAAUCUAAUGUCAGGAAGGUAAAAUAAUCUCAUGGUGAAAUGGCCCUUGUAUUGAUUGUUCUUUGUUUUUUCUUUUCUAAUUAACAUUAUUGUUGUAUAUUCUGAACAUUGCCAAGUAUAGAGGAGAAUCGUUGUAGGCAGUUGUAAAUCACAUAUUUGUAUUUUAUAUAUAAAUGCAUAUUUGCUAA